GGCACGCCGCGGCGGGGUGGGUGCAAGAUGCCGCUGCCGGUUCAGGUGUUUAACUUACAGGUAACGAGCCGAGGCCGCACCAGGCCUCCGUGCCCCCGCGCCCCUCGCCGCCGGGGCCGGGCCGAGGUAGAGCCGGGGAGCGGGGCCUGCGCCAGGAGUCGCGGGGCGCGCUUCGUGCGUCUCCGCCUUGGCUGCGCGCUCCGGUCGGGGGCCCCGGGGCUGCGCCCGCCCCGCCUCCCUCCCAGCAGCUCACGGGAGCGGUUCCCGGCCGCCCAACGCUAACGCUUUUUCUCCCUUCAGCAGCCAGCCAGCUCUGUGUCAGGGUCGGGGGGUGCAGAAAGUCAGGACAGAAUGAGGGAUAGCUCGGCCCCCAGCUCGGCCUCCUCGUCAGUGACAGAUCUGUACUGCGCCCCUCACAGCAGUAGGUCAGACCUCGUCCUGCCCGGCACGGCCGGGGACUUCAGCCUGAGUGCCAGCCUGUCGGCCUGUACGCUGCUCUACGAGGGGGCCGUGGAGCCCAUGCAGAUCGACGUGGACCCCCAGGAAGACCCGCAGAAUGCACCUGAUGUCAACUACGUGGUGGAGAACCCCACCCUGGAUCUGGAGCAGUAUGCAGCCAGCUACAGCGGCCUGAUGCGAAUCGAGCGGCUGCAGUUCAUUGCUGAUCACUGCCCCACACUUCGGGUGGAGGCCCUGAAGAUGGCCCUCUCCUUCGUGCAGAGAACCUUCAAUGUCGACAUGUAUGAGGAGAUCCACCGCAAGCUCUCAGAGGCCACCAGGUCCUCUCUCAGGGAGCUGCAGAACGCACCUGAUGCCAUCCCUGAGAGUGGUGUGGAGCCCCCAACCCUGGACACAGCCUGGGUGGAGGCCACGCGGAAGAAAGCCCUGCUGAAGCUGGAGAAGCUAGACACGGACCUGAAGAACUACAAGGGCAAUUCCAUCAAGGAGAGCAUCCGGCGUGGCCACGACGAUCUGGGCGACCACUACCUGGACUGUGGGGACCUCAGCAACGCCCUCAAGUGCUACUCCCGGGCCCGGGACUACUGCACCAGCGCCAAGCAUGUCAUCAACAUGUGCCUCAAUGUCAUCAAGGUCAGCGUCUACUUGCAGAAUUGGUCUCACGUGCUGAGCUAUGUCAGCAAGGCCGAGUCCACCCCGGAGAUUGCUGAGCAGCGAGGAGAACGUGACAGCCAGACCCAGGCCAUCCUCACUAAGCUCAAGUGUGCCGCAGGCUUGGCGGAGCUGGCAGCAAGGAAGUACAAGCAGGCUGCCAAGUGCUUUCUGCUGGCUUCCUUUGAUCACUGUGACUUCCCUGAGCUGCUGUCCCCCAGCAAUGUGGCCAUCUAUGGUGGCCUGUGUGCCUUGGCUACCUUUGACCGGCAAGAGCUGCAGCGCAAUGUCAUCUCCAGCAGCUCCUUCAAGUUGUUCUUGGAGCUGGAGCCGCAGGUUCGAGACAUCAUUUUCAAAUUCUAUGAGUCCAAGUACGCCUCGUGCCUCAAGAUGCUGGACGAGAUGAAGGACAACCUGCUCCUGGACAUGUAUCUGGCCCCCCACGUCAGGACCUUGUACACCCAGAUUCGCAACCGUGCCCUCAUUCAGUAUUUCAGUCCCUAUGUGUCGGCCGACAUGCACAGGAUGGCGGCAGCCUUCAACACCACGGUGGCCGCCCUGGAGGACGAGCUGACACAGCUAAUCCUGGAGGGACUGAUCAGUGCCCGCGUGGACUCCCACAGCAAGAUCCUGUACGCCCGGGACGUGGAUCAGCGCAGCACCACUUUUGAGAAGUCUCUGCUGAUGGGCAAGGAGUUCCAGCGCCGUGCCAAGGCCAUGAUGCUACGGGCAGCCGUGCUCCGCAACCAGAUCCAUGUCAAGUCCCCACCCAGAGAAGGGAGCCAGGGGGAGCUGACUCCAGCCAACAGCCAGUCCCGGAUGAGCACCAACAUGUGAGGGGUGGUGCUUGGCCUCCAGGACAUCUGCACCCUGCCCCCACCCCAUGGACUUGUUCACUUCCAGGCAGCUCAGUGCUGCAUUUGGCCCAGCUGGGGGCCUGGCUACUGGGUGCUCCCCAGCCUGCAUGCCCUUGCUGGGGCUGGGGAGGCAGGCAGCUGCUAGUUGUGGCUCUUCCUGGAAAGAGAGGCCUGGAGGGCUCAACCCCAUGGGUUUCUGUCCCUAGGGAGCAGACUGCGGCACCCAGGCCCACUGGCACCACUUCCCAGACCCCUCUUGUUCCCACCUUGGUUAGGUGCAGACAAGUGGGCAGUAUCCAUUAAAAAGCAGACUGAGCGUU